AGUAAUUAGCUAGAAACAACCAGCCUUCAAUAAUCAGAGACGAUAUUUCGUCAGCAUCGGCGGCUGUGAAAAGCAAAAAGACCCGACUCGCCACCAACUCUGGUUCCGGCCACCAUUUUAAAGCCCCAAUCACCACCCAUUUCCCAUCUCUCCGAUUCCAUUCCACAAUCCAAACGUACACACAAAACCCCAAAUCCCAUCAUUCGAUUUUGACCGUCUUGUUUUCUCUUCGAUGGAUACAUUAGAGGAGGAAGAAGAAUACAAUUGGAGAGAAGUCCGGCUUCCGUCGCUGAUCCCAGUGGUGCCGGAGCCAGAGCUGGAGAGAGAGACGGCGGAGAGACGCCGUGGCCGAGACAUCCUCAUCGCCGUCGACCAUGGACCCAACAGCAAGCACGCUUUCGAUUGGGCUCUAAUCCAUUUCUGCCGCCUCGCCGACACCAUCCAUCUAGUCCACGCCGUUUCCAAUGUGAAGAAUGAAUUAGUUUAUGAGUUUAGUCAAGGGCUGAUGGAGAAGCUUGCAGUGGAGGCCUUUGAGGUGGCCAUGGUUAGGACUGUGGCAAGGAUUGUGCAGGGGGAUGCAGGGAAGGUUAUUUGUAAGGAAGCAGAGAAAUUGAAGCCUGCUGCUGUUGUUAUGGGCACAAGAGGAAGAAGCUUAAUUCAAAGUGUUUUGCAAGGAAGUGUGAGCGAGCAUGUGUUUCACAACUGCAAAUCAGCACCUGUUAUUAUAGUUCCUGGGAAAGAAGCUGGAGAAGCAUCUGUGAUUUGAAUGCCAACUACUUGGUUGAAGCUUGAAAUGAAACUACAAUGUUUCUUCCUCAAUCUCUGUGUUUUCUUUUUUGGUUUUAGUAUUAAAGUUUUGGGGUUUUGUAUUUAGAUUGCAAGAAGAAUUUGAUAUUGUAUUUAUAUAUGUAAUUUUCGAUUAGGUGUGAUUAGUAGCCAAUUUAGAAAUGGAUUUCGAUUAGACAGUUGUUUACUUAAAAUGUGUUUGAUAAUAUAUUUUUGGACUAAUCGCAAAAACCACCUUUGAAGUA